GGUUUAUAGGUGUUAACAAUGCCGCCCCACAGGAACAUUUCAUAAUAAUUCCCAAAUUGGAACAAAGAAGCCUUGCCUAGAAGCCACGCCCCUCUGUGAGGUCACAGAGGGUGCGCCCCUACAGCGGAGCCAAUAGCGGGACCUUUCGGCCGGAGCAGCCUGCGGCGGCGGCGGCGGGCGGAGGGCAGCGGCGCGAUGGACCUGCCAGCUCGUCCUUCCGUCUCCCGCCCACGGACUCGAGCCCGCCCGCCGCCGCCGGAGACGCUGCCCACUGCGGGCUUCGAUGACGAGCUGUACGACAGCCUGGACUACUACUACCUGCGUGACUUCCCGGCUUCCGGAGCUGGCCGCAGCAAGGGCCGGACGCGGCGCGAGCAGCAGCUGCGCACCAACCGCCAGGUGCCAGGCGGCCACGAGCGCAAGGUGGCGCAGAUACUGAUCAACGCGCAACGCAAGCGCCGCCAGCGCCAGCUGCAACCGCGGCCGCGCACGCGCCUCUCCUGAGCGGGAAACCUGAAAGACCUGUUAAAAGUAUUUUCAACUGUAACUGAGUUCCUCCAUGUUGGUCAACAAGUCUUUUUUUGACAGUUUUUACGUUUACUGCUUCAAUCUUUUCCUCACUAAUUAGCUAUUAAGUAAGUAGUUUCCAGUGGGUAUGCCUUUUUAGGGUUUUCAAUUAAAAGAGAACAGUAAGAAUGCAA